GCAUGAUUCAAAUUUGACAUAAUGAUAAAUUUUAUAGUCCAUACCGAGAAAUGAUUUCGACGGUUAUUUUUUCCAUCAAAAAAUCAUGAGCGAUAGUAAUUGGCCUUCGAUCUCCUCCCAGGAAGGCCUAUGCGAAGAUAAGGGUGUCGGAUCCUUCAAGGGCUCAUUAUUAGAGGUGUUGGAUAAUAAAAAUAAGACCAUAGACGCCCUCAAAAAGCAACUUUACAACCAGAAGCUCCAGCUGAUGUACUAUUUCCAAAAAGGAUUGGGCACUUCCAAGUUACUGAAACUAUCAAAAUCAUGCAGCACCCACAAUUUCGAUCAGAGUAUGCCCCUAGUUUUAGCAUUGAAUAAGUUCAAAAAGGAGAAUGGUCUGAAGAGCAGUUUGUAUCAAGUUUAUGAACGGAUGGGAUUUCUUGAUAGAAGAAUCGAGGUACUGCUGAAUAUCCAAGAAUUAGCUUUAAAAGAACUGGAUGUCUACUGAACCUACAACAUGAUCUAUAAUAUGGGUAUCUUCUUUGAGGUUGGAGACAGACCACCAGUUAUAGUAUUCCCAUUAUGCUAAGUCAUUGGUUGGAAUGUCAACCGUCAUUUUGUUCUCCCCGCCAGCCGUCUCUGCCUCCUAGCCAAUCAAGCAAAGUUGGAAAAUAAAUGUAUAUUGAACGGCAGCGUAUAUCCUCUAUAUAUCGUUGGUGGUAUUACCGACUGCCUCAGAAGGAGGGUUAUGUUCUUUGCGCGUGAGUAUGUAUGUGGACAAAAAAAAAUAUUUCACGAACUACAAGCCA